AUGGCGAAGCGAAACAUCCUCCUCAUGAUCGCCGACGAUCUAGGCAAGCAACUGGGCUGCUAUGGAAAUGCCAAGAUCCAAACGCCAAACCUGGACCAACUCGCCGCCGAAGGAACAAGAUUUGAUCAGGCGUAUACCAGCACCGCCUCAUGUAGUGCCAGUCGCUCGGUCAUUUAUACCGGGCUGCACACGCACCAAAAUGGCCAGUAUGGACUGCACAAUGGGAGACAUCACUUUACUACAUUCGAUCAUGUUGAGACGGCACCAGCCCUGUUCUCUCAACACGGCUAUACAACCGGCUUAAUUGGCAAAGUCCAUGUCGGCCCCUCGUCUGUUUAUCCUUGGGAUAUGCGUGCGGAGAGUGAUAGCCGCGAUGUCGCCAAAGUAGCAGACCAAGCCUCGACUUUCUUCCAAGACUGCAAGAAAGAUGAGAAACCCUUUUUCCUAACGAUUGGAUACAUCGAUCCGCACCGAGACCUCACACGCUCGGGCUUCGGUAAUAACGAAGACUACGACCCCCGGGUGAAGAAAACCUCCUACACAAGUGACGACGUCGCCGUCGAACCAUUCGUGAACGACCUGCCAGGCGUCCGAUUCGAGUUCGCAGAGUACUACCAGUCCAUCUCACGACUGGACCAAGGCGUAGGCAUGGUCCUGGACGAACUCAAGAAAAACGGUCUAACAGACGACACGCUGAUAAUCUUCAUGAGCGAUAACGGACCCCCAUUCAUCAAUUCCAAAACAACCCUCUACGACGCGGGCAAUCCGAACAUGGUCUCCUACGUCGAUAUCCUGCCCACACUCCUAGACUGGUCCUCGCACCCAGCAUCCCCAACAAAAGCCAAUGCCAUCCCCCACCCAAACCGAGUCGGCCGCUCCCUCCUCCCCAUUUUAUCACAGUCCUCGCUGCAGGAUUCCUGGAAACGAGUCUUUGGCUCGCACACCUUCCACGAAAUCACAAAUUACUGGCCAACGCGCUUUAUGCGUACUGACCGAUUCAAAUACCACCGCAACAUCGCUUGGCGUCUGGAUUUCCCCUUCGCGGCUGAUAUCUACGGCUCGUUGACUUGGGAGGAUAUUCGCAAUUCGGACUCUAGGAUGAUUGGAUCUCGGGCCUUGAAGGAUUAUUUCUUUCGUCCCAGUGAGGAAUUGUAUGAUGUUCUUGCUGAUCCGCAGGAGGUGAGGAAUCUUGCGAAGGAUCCCGAGUACGCUGCUGUUUUGGAUGAUAUGCGUGCGCAGGUUGAGGCGUGGCAGCGUAGGACGGAGGAUGCUUGGUUGUAUAGGGAUGGGGUGUCGAUGUUGCUUGUCAAGCAUCAUCUUGAGGCUGGGCUUGAGGUUCCGGAUCGCUUUGAUUUUGAUGAGAAGGCGCCGCGAGGGAAGGGAUUGGGGAAGUUUGAUGAAAAGCUUGCUUGGGGUGCUGAGGUUGAGAAGUUCUAG